AUGCUCUGCAUUGGGGGUAUCGGCCCGAUCAUUUCAGUGCUUUUCCUUGAACUCGUCGACGAAUUCCACAUCAGUUUCACUCAAGCCUCCCUCCUUUUGGGCUAUCAACUCCUGACGGUUGGUGCGACGGGCAUUGUUGUCGCCGCUUCCUCCCAACGGUUUGGAAAACGUCCUAACUUCAUAAUCUCCAUAUCGAUCGCAUGGGCUGGAUCAUUGUGGGGAGGCGCAGCACAGUCCUAUGCAUCUCUGGUCGGUGCCCGGGUCAUUCAAGGCCUGGGUAUUGCAAUGUUUGAAAGUGUCACAUUCGCGGUCAUUGGCCAAUUCGGGAAUGGCACAUCUGCCGUCUAUCGUUGCUAG